AUGGCCAACCGCCCAUCUCCAAAGAAGCUCCGCAUCGGCGUGAUGCUCGAAGAGGUGCAGUUCUCAGAUGUGGUUGGCAUGGAUAUCUUUGGCAAUCUCUCCAAAGAGUACAUGAACGAGGUGAAGCAGUUCGAUGUGAACGGGUCGUUGGCCCAGUUCGAAGACUACGCCAUGGACAUCGAGUUUCUCUUCUUGGCAACCGCUCUCGAGCCAGCCCGAGUCACACCCGGUUUGCGGGUCGUGCCCACCGUCACGUACGACGAUUGCCCGCGCGACCUGGACAUCGUCAUCAUCGGCGGGCCGUUGCUAAGCCACCGCCCGCCACAGGCCGAUAAGUUCAUGAAGGAAGCGUGGACCAAAACGCGCGUGUGGAUGACCACUUGCAUCGGCAGCAUCUGGCUGGCCAGCUCGGGCGUCCUCGAGGGAAAGACGUGCACUUGUAACCGGGAGUUCUUGGAAGGGGCUAGGAAGUUGUAUCCCGGCGUCAACUGGCUUGAUCAGCGUUGGGUUGUUGAAGACAAGCCAUAUGAUGGGGAGGGAAAGGGAGAGUUGUGGACUGGGGGCGGAGCAGGCGCUGGCCUCCACAUGAUCAUUACCUACUGCCUCGAAAACUUUGAUCCAAAGUUUGUCGACACCAUGGCGCUGAAGGGGUUGGAUUUUCGGCUGAAUGGAAAUGCAGGACAAUUCUACAUUGACUGA